CUGGUGUGUCUCCCAGCAGCUCUGGUGGGGCCACAGAAUCCCAGUGUACCACAUCACUGCAGCAGACGGCUGGGAGGUGUGGGUGGCGGCUGCUUGGAGGAGGAUGCAAGGCGGAAGGCUGUGGAGAAGGAAGGCAUACCCUUGGCCUCCAUGUCCACCCAGCAGGAGGAAGAUGUUCUGGACACCUGGUUCUCCUCUGGCCUGUUUCCCUUUGCCUCGCUGAGCUGGCCGGGUCAGGGGAGGGGAGAGACCAUGCCUGACCUUGCUCGCUUCUACCCAACGACCUUGGUGAAGACGGGUCAUGACAUCCUCUUCUGGGUGGCUCAGAUGGUCAUGCUGGGACUCAACUUGACAGGGAGGCUUCUCUUUAAGACUGUGCUGCUGCAUGGCCUCCUGUGUGAUGGUGGCGGCCACAAGAUGUCCAAGUCCUGGGGCAGUGUGAUAGACCCCCUGGAUGUCAUCAAUGGGGCGUCCCUGGAGGUGUGUGACUUGCUGGUGCUGGAGUGUGUUCUGAUGUUCAUUGGGUGUGGUACUGUGCGAGAGGGUGGAGGGGAGCCUGAAUGCAUAAGAGGUACUCACUGGUAUCAGGAUGAACUCCCCCACAGGCAUCCCAGAGUGUGGAGCUGAUGCCCUUCGGUUCACUCUGUGCUCCACCAACUUCAAGAGUCACUGUGGCAUAGAUAGAUGAACGUGUAUGACUGUGGUGCUUCGAGUCUUGU